AUUUACGUAUUCGUUUGUUAUCGUCGCGUUCUGUGCCAACUUGACAAAAUACUAAUAAAAUAAUUCAGUCUUGUGAGAAAACUCGGCUCGUUCGUGCGCAUUUUGCCCACUUUUCGACUUUGUUCCCCGAUCGCGUGUUGUGUUGUGUUCGCACAAAAUCAAGAGUGAGAUGUUUAGAAAGAGAAAGCAUGACGUAGAGAACGGUAAGGUGAAUCCAAGCGAAGACAAGGACAGCUGCUGAACAGGUUUGAAAGUUUUCGAGGAAAGAGUUGAAGCGAGAGGUCGGAGGCGCGCUGCCGUGGGUGCGACAAGGACGCCGCACCGGACCCGGAGAAGUGUUAGUCAUUGAGAGAGACAGCAGUAGUAAACAUGGCGCCGCGCUCGCCACCAUAUCAUAUUUAGUGCGUUUUGUCGACGCAGUAUCUGUUGAUUUAUCCGAUUUGAGUGCGGGUUAAGUGCGCCAUGGCCCCCGGAGCCCCCUUGUGAGCCGUCGGCGAGCCCCGGACACCAUGUGAGGAGGACGAGGACGAGGUUACUAAAGAGCGAUGGAAAACAGCGCCGCCAGUUAUUUGCACAAGAAGUUCAAGAAGCAGCUGAGCAUCGAUCCGUCGAAACAACACCACCACCAGAAUGAGAGCAAGGGAGUCGUGGACACGCGUCAAGAAAAAACCCCCGAACCUAAUCAAACUUGCAAAGACAAUAACGAAAGUGUGCCAAACCAGAGUACAAAUCAAAGCAGUUCUCUCUCAAAGUCUUCCAUAUCAGUAGAGCAGUGUUGUAGCGUGAUUUUACAAUCUUCGAACUCGUGCAUAUCGAAAACCUGGACCGAACCAGUCAGCACGUCUUCUAUUUUAGAUAACUUAUACAAAGUCAAGCCCGAAGAUGUAGCUUCGAAGGACCACGAAGAAGCCGAGAAAACCCCCGACAAGUCCUCGGCCGGCAAAUAUGUGUGCCCCUACUGCAACCUGGUGUGCUCCAAGCCCAGUGUGUUGCAGAAACACAUCAGGGCGCACACCAACGAACGCCCGUUCCCGUGCAACAGUUGCGGGUUCAGCUUCAAGACACGCUCGAAUCUCUACAAACAUUGCCGGUCGAGGACGCACGCUAACCGCGUCAUGGGCAACAAGGCGCAAGAGAUGGGAGAGGCGGACGAAGGGCCCAAAAGCCCCCAGUGCAGUGACGGCACCAUCGAGGACAGAGCGCAAGACCUCAAGACCAAACCCUACAAACCACGCUUCCACACCAAGCACAUCUUCAAAGAGAACGAAGAAAACAAAGACGAACCCAAACACAACUCCAACAUCCUCUCGGACCACAUCAACGAAAUCAUCAACAAGAACAACUCGAUUGUCAACUCGCACGAUCCCUACUUGCUGAAGAAGAGGCCAGAGGUGGAGGACCACCACCAGAGACACAUCACCGACUUGAUUUAUUUGAACAACAACGACGAACCCUUAAACCUUACGAAAAACCGCAAGCGGUGCAUGAGCGAAGUUGUGGAACCCGGAACUCAGAAGAGUUUGAUCAAAGAGUUGCUCCUCAAAAAUCUAAAUUCGGAUAUGCAAUGCCCACAUUGCAAAAUGAUUUUUCAAACUGUCACUGAGUUGGAGUUGCACAAGCUGAGGAGUUGCAAAGGUUUCGUCAAACCUGGUGCCAAAUACAGUCGGAGUAGUUCAGUCAAUGUUGCGUCGAUUCUUACGCAGAACAAGAACGCCUUUGACAAUAUACCGCACCUACAGAACGCGGUGUUUCCCCUAAAAUCACCGGGUCCCUUCUUGGGCAAGACCCGAUUGGUCGAAAGUGACAAAAACAAAUCGUUUUCAUUCGACGAUGGCCUUCCGACAGCUUUCCCACCUUCGACACCCACUGAACGCUAUUUACUCUCGCCCUUGACUUUACCGAGCGAACGCGAAAAAAAGACUCCAGUGAAGUUGUUCGGUGGUGAAGUCAAAAUCACGCACACGUCCGGCGAAACGAAGAGUUUCAAAAUUGAUAACAAGGACGAUAAGUUUGACAGUGGCUUUGUGGAGUACAGUGGCAAAGUGAGUGAGAAUCGGGUGGUGAAGUCCGGGUUACAGUCAGGUGGUACCGUUCUAACCAACAAAGCUAACUACCCCAAGGAGGAUUCUUUACGGACAAAUCCCGACGUUAUUAGGGUGUACGACAACACUCCAGCCUCGCCUAACAUCGGAGUCAACCUAACCAAACCCCAAAUCACCUACAGGGGAAGUACCGACCCAAUAAUAGAGUACGCCGUCCCGCCCUAUAGCAAAUACACAAACAUCGUGGAUUUUAGCCAAAAAGCCGUAAAACUCCUAACACCGAAUUUAAAACAACCCAAUCUCGCGGUCCCCGGCGUGCCAACCCCCAACCAUUUCACUUUCCCAAGUUUCACUGAAGAGAAAAUAAUCGAUUUGGAAAAACCCGAGCCGCAACAAAAAGUCUUCCAACCCAAAAUCAUAACUCCACAACCGGUCUGUAACCCCGUCAAACUCCUAGUCAAUGGAAAAGUCGUCCGUCAUGUCCCUGGGAUUCCCGGCCCGGUCGUACCCGAAGACCAACCCCCACCCCGGCUCAAGCCCGAGCCGAAACCGCUCGAAGUGAAAAUCGACCAUCCGGCCGAUAAAUCCCCGGUUAAAAUAACCGAAACGAAAAAAUUCGCAAGGCCUAAUAGUCUCGCCUUGAAACCGACAACGGCCUCUUUGAAACAACACCACGGUCUAACACCGACGCUAUUUAACCAGAUUUUGAUCAGUCCUGACACACCUCGUGUGGCGAAGAAAUACGUCCAUCAGUUUUUGCACGGGAAUUAUUUCAGUUAUUUGGGUUUGAAGUGUUCGACACGGACGGUGUAUUGUACGCUGAAUAAGACUCAGCCGUUUUAUGUGCAACAUUUUAAAAAAUUGAGCAUGUACUCCGAGUGGCGGCAGCAGGACACCAAGACGGAGAAGUUGUACGUGAGUGCGUACGAUUCGAGGCAGAGGCAUCAGAGGUACACCACGGCGGGGAAGACCACAGCGGAUUUGGUGCAUUCGAGUUAUAAGUUUGUCGUUUCGGAGUCUUCGAGUGGCGGUGAUAAGUCCGAAGAGGCGCACAAAUCGGCCACAAUUCUGGGCGGUUACGAAUGCAAUGAAGACUACACUUAUAUCCGAGGCAGAGGCCGAGGGCGUUACGUUUGUGACCAGUGCGGGAUCAGGUGCAAAAAACCGUCAAUGUUGAAGAAACAUAUCAGGACGCAUUCGAAUGACAGGCCGUAUACUUGUAAUCAUUGUAAUUUUAGUUUCAAGACAAAGGGGAAUUUGACGAAACAUAUGAAGAGUAAAGCACACACAAAGAAUUAUGCGGCUAGUGGAUCAGGAUCGUCGACACAACAGAGUGGUACACAAAGUUCUGAGUCGGAUACGGAGGACAGCGGGAUGGAUAGUAGUGAUGAAUCAACACGUCGAGAGGAGCAUGAAGCGGCCUACGGCCUCCUUUCCCUCUCGCAGAAAACCUCGCAGAGCCUUCGUCGGGAGUCCACAAGUCCAAUGUCCACAUCGGGCUCCGACCCCCAAGUUUUAAACACGGAAGAAAUAGCUCACGCUUCCAAGACCAACUACGCGAAAAACAAAUUUCUCGAUGAUAAAACACCGCUCAAUUUCAGCGUCCCUAAAGUCACCACUACCACCAUCAGUAGCACCACCACAUCAUCGGACGAAGAAGUCCAAAACUUGACCCAGUUCCUAGGCAAGACGACAAUCAAUCGACCACUGACUUACCCCUACACUUCGAUUUUACCCCCGGAGUGUACCAGUCAAGAGGUGGCGGAAAAUCCGGAAACGAAAAGUAUCAAACAGUUCCACGUGAUACAAAAGUACGCCUCGAGGGAAUCCCCGACUGUGGACAGUAGUGCCAAUUGUUUGACUAGUAGUAAAAGUGCAAAGGAUAGGACACGAGUGCCAAGUGAUCAUAAAGUGAACAAUGUACCGGUUCUAAAAGUCAACGAUGCUGUGGUGCUCGGUGAUAGUGUGACUGAUUUGAGGAAACGAAAAUUGAGUUAUGCGGAAAGCGAGUUCGAGAGAGUGAAACAACACAAAACGGACGAAGUGAUGGACUUGUCAAUGCCAGUCGAGAAAAACCCCGAAUUGAGGUACAAUGGAUCGCCUCAACCGUACCACCAUAACCUGAUUAAAAAAAACGAAGAUCUCUACCCGUCAUCGAAGUUCGUCGACGAGAAAUUGCCGGUGAAAAACAACGGUUUCGUGAGUGUGAACAUCAACUACGUGAUACCGGACAGUCAACCGAUAAACUGUGAAUCCCCCAAAAUAGUGUACAAAACGGUCGAUUAUGAUAACAGUGCAAUGGAAACGUUGGCUGACAUUGCCACCAAACAAGUGAAACUCGAGAAAAAUACUCUUGCGAAAAGUGUGGCGACGGAGUUUUUGAAAAUUGCAACGAAAAAUGAAUUUCCAUCAGGCGAUGCGACGCGAGAAGCGAACACUUUCGGACCGGUGACCAAAGAAGUCAACGAUCUGAUCGUCAAGCCUGAAGGGAACAAAAGCUGCCACAUCUGUGCCAAAAGUUUCAGCAAAACGCCACAGUUGAGGCUGCAUAUGAACAUCCACUACCUGGAGCGUCCGUUUCGUUGCCACUCGUGUUCGGUCAGUUUUCGCACCAAGGGCCACUUGCAGAAGCAUGAGCGAAGUGCUAGUCAUCACAACAAACUGUCGUCAUCGCCUGCUUUGUCCUCGUCGGAGCCUCGGCCGUUUAAAUGCGUCGAUUGUAAUAUAGCGUUUCGAAUUCACGGCCACCUAGCGAAACAUUUGCGCUCGAAAAUGCACAUCAUGAAAUUGGAGUGUCUCGCGAAAAUACCGUUUGGUUUGUACGCAGAGUUGGAAAGGUCUAACAGUCUGUUGACGGAAAUUAACACUGCUGAUGGGGACCAAUGUUUAGAGAGCUUAAAGACUUUAGCCAAGAAAGUUUUUAUCAACGAUCCAAAUAAAUUAAAUCAAUUGAAUUCAGCGGAGAGUAUAGAUGCCGAUAGCUAGGUAAAUUAAUUUAAUUUUGUCAAGACUGAAUCAAAAUCUUAACAAAAAAAGAGUAUACAUUUUAUAACACUAUAGUAGAAAUUAAAUAUAAAAGAUAUAUUUUAAAUCAUCUCUCAUGUGUCAAAUAUGUUAUGUGAUAUAUGAAUAAGCUAGGUAGAUGUGUUGGAAUCAUGUUUUAGUUGGCGGCGAUUUUAUUUUUACAUUUUGUUUUUAUAUGCAAGCGACUCCCAAUCGUUUUAUUUUUAUUUGGUUGUACAGUGGGAAUCAAGUUAUUUUAUAUUUUGAUCUUGUUUUAAGAUUAUCUUCCUUAAGUUGAUAUUAUUACCUGUUUUUAGGUAUUUUACAUAGAGACAUUAUUCUUAAGUUUUAAGUGUUGUAUAAUAGACAAUGUUAAGAUAAUUUUCAUCGUUGUAAAUAUUGUUUAUGUUAGGCAAUUUGUGUACUGUUUGUAGCUACAUGAGUUAACACACUUCUGUAAUCUUCGAGGUUAUGAGAUUCUCAUUUGUGCCAGACACUCAGCUCUAUUCUUUUUUAAACUGUAGUCUUGCAGGAAAUUAAACUUCUUUUGUGCAAACUGUUAGUUUAUAUUGUUGAAAAAAGUACAAGAUUAUUAUAAUUGUUAUUGAUGAAAUUUUGUUUUAAAUAUAACUAUUAAUUUUC